GCUUUCAAUGGCGCGUGCGGCAGUGCGCGGCGGGGGAGGCGGCGGCGGACAGCGGCCGGCGGCGGCGGGGGACGGGAGCGGCACUGACCGGCCAGGCGGUGGUCGGACGGGACGGGAGAGGAAGGUCUGACAGCGGGGAGCUGGCGCUGACUGAGCUUGAGCUGGUGCUGAAAGGUACUGGAGCUAGAUCUGGUUGGCGCCGCAGUUGACUCGAAGCGGAACUGGACCUGAGCUGGAGUCGUCUUUCGGCCGAACUGGAGCUGGAAGUGGGUUGCGCUUGAGUUGGCCUGGAGCUGAACUGCAACUGGAUCUGGGUUCAAUUGGGUUGGCUCAGAGCUGAACUGGAGCUCACUCGGAGCUGAACUAGAACCGGCCGACAAAUCUCAAGUGAACCGGUAUUGAGCUGGACCAUAGCAGUGUCAGCCACGAAAACCCACGGCGGAGCUUUUUAGCCGAAAACUCAGCUUUGCAAGAUAAAACAACGGUCAACACUGGGUUUCUACACCCCAGCAACACACAAAAAAAGUGAAUAAGACCACCCCGCCGGUGACCCGACAGAAGCGACUGUCGCCUAUAGCGUCCUCGGCAGGUGUGAAUAAUGGCCAGCCUGCAGAUCAAUCUCCUCACCAGUUUCGUUCUACUCUCGACAGCUUUUGGUUUGGAGCCGGAGUUUAAGAGGCCUCUGAACAACAUCACAGUUCCGGAGGGUCGGGACGCCACCUUCACCUGCGUGGUGCAUCAUCUCGGCGGCCACAAGGUGGCCUGGAUCAAGUCUGAUAGCAAGGCGAUUCUGGCCAUCCACAACGCAGUCAUCACGCACUUCAAUCGUCUCUCCGUCGCGCAGAGUGACCACAACACGUGGACUCUGACGCUGCGGAACGUACGACAGUCGGACAGCGGUCCCUACAUGUGCCAGGUCAACACGGACCCCAUGCGCUACCAGGUGGGCCUGCUGGAAGUAGUGGUGCCACCCGACAUCGUCACCUCGGAGACGAGCAGCGACAUCAUCAUCCCCGAGGGCGCCGGUGCGCGGCUGCACUGCAAGGCGGACGGCUACCCUCCGCCGACCAUCAGCUGGCGACGGGAGGACGGCCAGGACAUCGUGCUCAAGGACGGCCCGCGCAAAGAAAAAGUUACCCACGUUACAUCCGAAGUAUUGGAGCUCAAAAGAGUGACACGCUCGGAGAUGGGCGUCUAUCUGUGCAUCGCAAACAAUGGCAUUCCGCCUCCGGUCAGCAAGCGGACGAUGGUGACCGUCAACUUUCCACCUCAGGUGGAGGUCACCAAUGCCCUGUUGUCAGCCCACAUCGGCGGCACUGUCAUGAUGGCCUGUCGGGUCGAGGCGUCGCCACAGGCCAUCUACUACUGGUCACGCGGAAACGAUGCGAUCAUCCUCUCUGACAGCCGAAGGAGGUAUGGCAACUCCAGCUCCCUCUACCGCUACAACAUGACGCUGACCAUUUCACCGGUACGAGAGGAGGACUUCGCCUCAUACCGCUGCGUCGCCAAAAACUCCAUCGGAGAGGCCGAGGGCGUCAUCACACUGCACAGGGUGAUGCUGCCCUCCUCCACCGGCCCGGACGAGUAUUUCACCGAGCCGAGCCGACCUCUGGGCGACACCAGAGAGUACGAGCCGAGCGGCGACCUGCCGCCCUUCACUGACGACGAGGACUUCCCUUACGGGCGCCAAGAUGAGCCCGCCCGACCCCGCGGGCAGGCCGCCGAUUGGCCCGACCUGCGCUCGGAAGAGGCCAAAAGUUCGGCGUGGGGGAGGCACGGUGCGGUGGUGCUAGUCGUGCUCACAGUAGUAUCUUGUACAGAUGUGUUUUGGUAGGAAAUAUAGACGGAAAAGCGAUCACGAUGACGCCGGAAGACAUAUCUCAAGCGUGGUUAGGUCUGCAUGAUUUUGAUUCGUGUACAACGUAGCUACUCGUCCUUUCAAUAUAAGGAUAACUCCCUUUUCCCGAAGCUCAAUUUUUCGGCCACUUUUUUGCAUCCGUCGCAUUUAUCCUCUAUAAAAGCUAUAGAAGACUGUCAGAUGCUCUUGCUGAAUGCGUUUGUUCGAGACUGUGCCUAAUAAGUCCAUGCGUAGACACUGUUGACAUCGAUAUGUAUAUCACCUUGCUGAUGUUGAAGGCAUCGCCAAAAUAGGCAAGGAUAAAAUAAGUUACUUUUUAUCAAUUAGAUAAAUAGUCUUACAAGUGGAAAAAUUUGCACAGAUGUGAGCGUAACGCCUAAGGUCACUUUCAAUCAGAUUAUGUUGACCUUUCAGGUCACUAUAGCCUCUGGAAGAGUGAGACAGGUGUUAACAUCUGAUUCGCGUAAGGAAGCCAACUCAUUUGUGGCGUUCUACGGCCAUGUUCAUAAGCUCGUUAUAUAACUGUGCAUACUCUGUGAUGUGCUUGCACUCUGUGAUCGUUUGUACCAUACGAUAAUUGGUAUGUUUUUUGCUUACUCAUGCGUAGUGCUUUACUUGCUAGAUCAGAUGCUUAAUAAAACACACUAUCAUCCCGGUAAAUGCUAUCGGAAGGUAGUGCAUUCGACGUGGACGUCUAUAUGGUCGGCGGCACAAAUUAUAGGACAAAUGUGUGUCGACUCGACCGAAAGCGAGAGUAUUCGUAUCGUGAAAUAAUUGUGCUCACACCAGCUAGUACAUUUGAGACGGAGCGUUGUCAAUUGUGCAUGCCUUUAUUUCGAAUAUAAAUAGGUAUGUUUCAAUUUCAUACCAUUGAUAUCAUAUAUUAGAAUUCCUACAUGUACCUGCGACAGUUUGUGCAUCGCUCUUUAUCCGCUUAUUCAGUUUUAAACUAGUGCGUGCCGUGCUGUAAUUUAUUGUAGGUAAGUCUGACCUAUAAGAGUAGUGUGUGUAAGAUGUUAUAGCAGCUAAACACAUCAUUUCACUUCGUUGCCCCACUUUGUCGGUGAAAUAUGAAGAGCACAGACCCUCGAAGUCUAAGCCAACAUGAGAUUGAAAUGUGACGCGCCAGUUCAACGUCUGUGAAUGAAACUAGAGUGACGUGUACCUAUAUCUGACUUCAGCAGGAGAGCUGAGCCAUUUGUCUUUUAUUAGUGGAGUGGGGAGGCUUCUGUUUGUGCAAUUUGUGCCGAUGCUCGUGUAAAUUGUAAAUAUGAAUACCUGAAAAGGACAGUGUUAUGUAUAGCGAAAGAAAUAAACGUUACCCUGGCUUAACA